AUGACGGAGUUUAUUGAAGCUCAAAAUGAAUAUAAUAAGUUUCUCAUUAAGGAGGAUACAUAUUGGAAACAACGUGCGAAGAUGCACUGGUUAGGCGACGAAGAUUUUAAUACCAAGUUUUUUCAUAUGUCGACCACAGUUCGUAAGGAAUUCUCAAAAAUCACCAUGUUGCAGCAGGAUGAAGGGAUAGAGGUGACAUACCAGGUUGGUAUAUGCGAUAUUGAGAGAAGUUACUUCGAGGAGCUUUUUGUUGUUAAAGCUAGUAAUCAAGAAGCAGUGCUCUCUCUUAUCCAGCCAGUAAUAACAGAGGAAGUUAGUAAUAUGCUGAUAACCUCUCUAUUCAUGGAGGAAUUAUAUAAUGCCUUAAGGGAAAUGCAUCCUAAUAAAUCUUUGAGUUUGGACGGUUUAAAUCUUGCGUUCUAUCAAAAAAUUUAG